UUUAAACCCAUCUCUGCCUCCAUUUUAUUUCCCACCCUCCUCUUCUUCUUACUCCGUCUUUUUGCAUUACUUUCUCAGUCCCAUUCUCCAAAACUCCUUUUCAUUUAUUGGCUGCCAUAAUCUUGGUUUUCUGAAUCAACAUGGAGUAUGAAGGCCGCUAUGGAUUGGCCCAGAGGACACAAUAUGAUUGCCUUCUGUUUGAUCUAGAUGACACUCUUUAUCCUUACAGUUCUGGUAUUGCAGCAGCAUGUGGAAAGAAUAUCCAAGAUUUUAUGGUUGAAAAACUUGGCAUUGAUAGGAGUGAAAUCACUGAGCUGGGUAACCUUCUGUACAAGCAUUAUGGAACAACAAUGGCUGGCCUCAGGGCAAUUGGCUAUGACUUUGACUAUGAUGAGUACCACAGUUUUGUUCAUGGGAGAUUGCCUUAUGAGAACAUAAAACCAGAUCCCAUACUUAGGAGUCUUCUGUUAAGCCUCCCUAUUAGGAAAAUUGUCUUCACCAAUGCAGACAAGGUCCAUGCUGUUAAAGCUCUCAACAGGCUUGGAUUGGAAGAUUGUUUUGAAGGAAUUAUCUGCUUUGAAACUCUGAAUCCCAGUCACAAGAGCAAUUUGUCUGAUGAUGAAGAUGAUUUUGCCUUUGAGGGAUCAACUGCUACUGCUAGUACUAAUGGCUCUGGAAUUUUUGACAUCAUUGGGCAUUUUGCACAACCGAAUGCAAGCUCGGUGGGGCUACCGAAGACACCCAUUGUAUGCAAACCAUCUGAAUUUGCCAUUGAACAAGCCCUCAAGAUUGCCAACAUCAACCCUCAGAGAACACUGUUCUUCGAAGACAGUGUCCGAAACAUUCAGGCUGGCAAGCGCGUCGGGCUGCACACAGUGAGGGUUGGGAGUUCCCAGAGAGUUAAAGGAGCAGACUAUGCAUUGGAGAGCAUUCACUACAUCAAGGAAGCAGUACCAGAGCUCUGGGAGGCUGACAUGAAAUCAGAAGUUGGUUACCCCGGCAAGGUUCCUGUCGAGACAUCUGUGACUGCUUAGAUUUGUUGUAUUAGUAUAAAAAAUCAAUUGUCAUCCGGGUAUACAUUGCCCCCUUUCCCUACCAUAUGUUCAAAUGAUGUAGAUGUUUUGAAUAGAUCAUUUAUGAAAAAGAAAAAAAAAGGAAAAAUAAUUCUACCCUUCUAGCCGUGCUAA